AUGCGCACGGAUUUCCUCCCGCCCAACCGCCUUGUCCCGUCAUCGAUUCACCUCCCCCGAUUCGGCCGAGUGAAGCGGGAUGUUCUCGUUGCGACACGCGGUAAGAUGGGCUUUCGUAUUACGACGUGGAACGGUAAGGACUUCUCGUUACCCAUUGACAACAACCUCGACGCUGACAGAUUUCAAGUCAACGGCAUUAGAAAUCCUUUUGGGUAUCAGCCAUGGAGAGAAAAGCGUACUUUCCAGGCGAUGUUCGAUAUUCUCGAAGCCGACAUUGUUGUGAUGCAAGAGACUAAGAUUCAGCGAAAAGACUUGACGGAUGAUAUGGUUCUAGUUCCUGGAUGGGAUGCAUACUUCAGUCUACCGAGGCACAAGAAAGGGUACUCUGGCGUUGCCAUAUACACGCGAAAUGCCACCUGUGCACCUAUUAGGGCUGAAGAAGGCAUAUUGGGUGUGCUCUGCCCUCCCAAAUCAUCGACGCAGUUCCGGAACCUACCCAAAGACCAACAGAUUGGAGGCUACCCAAGGCCAGAGCAGCUCCCGGGAAACAUUGACGAAUUGCUAUUGGACUCCGAAGGGAGAUGCGUCGUUCUCGAAUUUCCUGCCUUUGUGCUCUUGGGUGUCUACAGCCCAGCUAACCGCGAUGAGUCAAGGGUGGAAUUUCGCAUGGAGUUUCUGCAGGCCCUUGAUGCUAGGGUGCGAAACUUGGUCGCAGAGGGCAAGCAGGUGGUUUUGGUGGGGGACUUGAACGUGAGUCGCUCCGUGCCCGACUCCACCAACGUUGUCGAGAACCUUCGAAAAGAAGGUCUGAGCAUCGAGGAGUGGAUGAACCUACCCUCACGCCGCCUCUUCAAUCAUCUGGUCUACGGAGGCACGGUGCAAGGAGAUCGGGACGAAGGGCGGGAGCAGCCUGUGCUGUGGGAUCUAUGCAGAGAAUUCCACCCCGCACGAGAGGGCAUGAACACAUGCUGGGAUACGAAACGAAACACACGACCAGCCAACAACGGCAGCCGGAUCGACUACGUGCUCUGCAGCAAUGGGCUGAGAGACUGGUUCACAGAGGCCAACAUCCAGGAGGGCCUGAUGGGAUCUGAUCACUGCCCGGUUUUUGCCACGCUAGCUGACGUCGUUGCGACUGGCACCGAAAAGGUGCCGUUGUUGAACCUUGUCAAUCCAGCUGGCAUGGUUGGCAGGGACGGUCGACGCCUCCGUGAAUGGCAUCUGAAGGACGUCUUGCCCUUAUCAGCCAAGCUGAUUCCUGAGUUCGACCGGCGACAGAGCAUCCGGGACAUGUUUACGAGGAAAGCUGGCGCUAAGCUGUCGAGCUACUCUUCGUCACUGGCGCCUUCCAGCGCCACAGAGUCUACCCCAGAAGGAGAGGCAGUGGUCGACUUGGCACGCUUGGAGACGAAGCCAAAGACGAACCACGCUCAUCACAGGCUCGGACUGAGCGGCGCUAGCCACUCCGCAGAUUCAAAAUCGCCAACUGGGUCGGGGUCAGAGGCGCCAUCCACAAAACGUGCUGCGGGGUCCGUCGAUCGUGCUCAACCACCCUCUCCAAAGCGCAACAAAGUGGUUGACACUGGUGCCCACGCUAAUCUGGGCGCCACGGAAAGGAAGAAUGCCAGAAGCUCUCGCGCUGGCAUCAAAGGGCAAAAAACUCUACAGGGCUUUUUUCAGCCCUCAACCACUAACCGGAUGCCAGGGAGAAAAGACAGCGACACCACCACAAGUACCAGCGCCAAUGCCAACGCCCCAUUUUCUUGCGAGCAAACAACAACGCAGCCCUCCGAGCCCCUGUCGUCACACCAAGCCCAGCUAGCUUCCCCGGUUGCAAAUCUGCCACUAGAGACAAGCGGCGGUAAUUGGUCGGAAGGGUUGCCGGAUCCAGCGUUUCCAGCGUCUCCAGCCAAGUCAGCUCCUGAAGCCUCCUCUCAACCGACGGAUGCUGCUGCCAGGGUGUUUGAUCCAAUUCAAGCAAAGGAAUCCUGGUCGAAACUUCUGGGAAGACGGACGCUUCCCCGAUGCGAGCAUAAUGAGCCCUGUAUCAGCCUCACCACGAAAAAGCCAGGUGCGAAUUGUGUUGUUGGCUCGUUUGCUCCCACUACACCUCUCCUCUUAGCGGAUGCUGUUGGUUGCUAG